AUGGAAACUUAUUUAGUAGAUUUUAUUGAGGCUUUUACUCAUCUGAUACUUUAUUUAACAAAUGUUUAUUCUUCAGAAUAUUUUGAGAAGAAAAGAAAAUUCAAUACUUUAGUUUGGCACUGUACAAAUAAACGAGUAGAAGAAUAUAUACAACAGGCGUUAUAUCCUAUAAGCAAAUUUUUGUUGAAUAAAAGUUUAUAUAAAUACAGAAUAAUUUUAAAAAAUUUGGAAAAUGAAAUAUUAAAAAUAUAUACUAUUGAAUUUGAGCAGUUGUACAAAAGUUAUAAGAUUCCAUUUAAUUAUUUAUCCUUAGAACAAUUUAUAUGGGAUUUUUUUACAUAUGUUGAAAUGCAGAUAUAUGAAAACUAUGAUGAAGAAAAAACUUUUGAAAUAUCUUUUGAUUAUUUGAGAGAUUGUGAAAAUAACACUACUGUAAAUGACAACUUGAAAGAUGACUGGGAAUUAAUUUCAUACGACAAUUUGGAUGUAUUUGACAAAAAAAUUCUAAAGAGCAUGAACAUAUCAGAUAACAAUGAGCCAAAUUAUAUAUGUCAAAUAUACGUGGAAAGUCCAAAAAAUAUAACAUAA